GGUUGUUGUUUUCCGUGUUGACGUCUGUCCAUCAUGGCUGCUGAGGGGGACUUCUUGGCGAGAUAUCGCGCAGUGUCGAAUAAGCUUAAAAAACGCUUUCUUCGGAAGCCAAAUGUGGCGGAGGCCAGUGAGCAGUUUGGCCAGUUAGCCAAGGAGCUGAAACAGCAGGACUGCUUGCAGUAUGCGGCCUUCUGCAACCUGGCCAUGGCCCGAUGUGAGCAGACUCUCUUCAACGCUCCCGGAGAAGCCUUGGCACUAACAGACGCCGCCCGCCUCUUUCUGUCCUCCGAGAAGGAGAACCGCUCUCUGCAGGCGCCAGGCUUUGACGAGCACCUUCAGGCCGCACUCAACUGCUACAGUUUUGCCAUCAAGGUGUAUGUGGAGAUGAACCAGCCUGUGAUGGCAGCCAGUCUUUGUCUAGAGCUGGGGAACGCACUCAAGGAGAUGAACCGACCAGGAGAGGCCAUCGUUCAUUACCAGAGGGCUGCAGAGCUGCAGACACAGAUGCCGGUGGAAGCUCUUCUGUCACUGGGAGAAAUGGCUUCAUGUAAAAUUCUCACGCGCGACUACGACGGUGUGCUGACGGUGUUUACAGAGAUGCAGUUGAUGUGCCAGGAGAGAGGACUGCAGCUACCGGGCACCAGCACCCUUGUUGGUGCUUUUCUGGACAUUGUGGCAAGAUGUGAGAUCUCCAGAGUGCUACUGCUGAUGCUGCUUGAGCCUCCACCUCAGAAGCUGCUGCCCGAGCACGCCCAGACCUUGGAGAGGUACGCCUGGGAGUCCUUUGACCCGCACAGCCAAGUCAACUUCCUGCCGGAGAAUGUUUUCCUGCUCCUGCAGUCGGUGGUGAUGGCGUGCCAGGAGAAAGACACCGAGUCCUUGAAGUCUCUUCAGACGGAGCUAUGGCCUCUGCUGACCGCCGAGCAGAAUCACCUCCUCCACCUGGUGGUCCAAGAGCGCAUUACACCGUCAGGCCAGGGCAUUUAGUAGUGUCCUGUUGUGAUCCGCUCAGACCAUGGAACAUUCCUGCUUGGGACUGGGUCUGUUGUAAGACCUCUGCAAACACUGUUGUCUUCACAAACAUCUCCUAUAAACAUGUCAACAUAUUUGUGUGUCUACAACACACACAUUCUGCAUAUUUCAUUAUUUUUAGGGCUACAACUGUAUUUAUUUUAUUACCUGAUUCUUGCUUAUGCUAAAAUAAGAGAUAUGCAUAUACAGUUCACUGCGCUUCAAAUAUUGCGUUGUUUUUUUUAAAGAUAUUUAAACAUUUUCUUAAAACAUUCUACAAUUUUUUUGGUCCUAACUUAUGCAUUUUGAACAUAAAAAUAGCUAAAUUAAUCAAUACUAGUGUCAUAUUGACCACUAGAGGAGACCAAACCAUUCAGAGUGCGCUGUUCAGUAUCGUGGCCGCUCAGGAAGCAUUACUAACCCAGGUCUGGGUUUGUUUUUGCCUCAUUCCUGUGAGAAUCCUGCGUGUGACUGAAGCACUAAAGCAGGGGUGUCAAACUCAUUUUCAUUGAGGGCCACAUCGCAGUAAUGACUUCUUUCAGAGGGGCGCUUUUUUUUUGUAAUUAAUUUGCAUUAUGCAUGCGGGUAAUAACCUGUGAUUAAUCAUGAUUAAACAAAAUACAUAUGCAUUUGAUUAUUAGAUUUUUUUUUAUUUAUAACUUGCUUUAAAAUCAUAAAUCAAGGUGACAAGCAGAUAUUUAACUAUUAGUUUUUAUCUCACAAAACUAGUUUUGCAAUACAGUAUAUAACAAUAUAAUUGGCAUUAUCAGAUAACAUUAAAGUUUAAAAUAUGCAUUUUUUUUCUGUGAAAAUUGAAAGAACAAAUGCAUUUAGUUCAAAAAAAAAUAAAAAAAUAAAAAUAUAUAUAUAUAUAUUUAUUGAAACCCAUUUUUUCCAGGCUUUCGCGGGCCACAUAAAAUGAUGUGUUGGCCCCGGGCCUUGAGUUUGACACCUGUGCACUAACGGGUGGGGGUUGGUUACAGUAAAUUCCGAAAUAUAUGCCGCUACUUUUUUCCCUACGCUCUGAACCCUAGGGCUUAUAAAACGAUGUGGCUAACUUCUUCGCUGACAGCCAUAAUGCAAAUAGUUAUCAUAAAACACGCUGAAAUGGUGAUACUGGCAACACAGAAUUGUCCCCCGUGUGCGAAUGUGAGUGUGAAUAAUUGUCUGUGUUGGCCCUGCGAUAAGGUGGCGACUUCUCCACGGUGUAUCCCGCCUUGAAAAUGGAUGUUUGUGCUAUGGUGCCAUCUUUUGCACGAGUUCACUCACUGCAGGUGCGUCCAGGUUAACGUCUGCAAUUAUUUCCUUCCGUUUAGAGCUUUGAACCGGAAGUACAAGUGCAAUCUUUUUAGCCAUCCACAGCGUUGCUACUUGUACAGAUUCUUCAUCACUCUAAGCAACGUUUGUAAGUUUUACAAUAUAACUAAAACAAUUCUUACUUACUAAAGCGUCCCAUGUGUGAUGUCUGUAGGAGUGUUUUCAUGCAUAUUUGUACGUGCUAUCAUAAUGUAAUCAAGCUAGUGUCCUUAGCAUUUAUGAGUGUCUGUGUUAGUAUUAUUAACUUACAUUUUUUGUAUUGUUUCAGUUUCACAAAUUCCUUAAUAAAUUCACCAAAACGUCACAGUGGAGUUAUUGAGUUUUAGCUGCUAGUGGGUCCAUGACGAUGACGUCUGUUUUGUUUGAUCAGCAGUUUUACUGCCCUGUUACAGACAGCGUUUGGAGACAAUUAAGGUAUGUAAAUAAACAUUUACAGAAUAUUUCUGUGUAAAUAACUCAUUUCACAAAGUAUAUAUCUGCCACUUUAUAGUCCAGUGCGGCUAAUAUAUGGAAAACUAUUAUCUUAGUGGGUGUGGCUUAUAUACCGGUGCGCUGUAUAGUCUGUGUAAUACGGUACUUUCAUGCCAAAGCCCACCUAACCCCCUAAGGUUGCAUUUUUCUUCGCUGAUGGCCAUAAUGUAAAAAGUUUUCAAAAACUACACAAGCAAAGACGCCGAAAAAUGUGUGUUAUUUGCAGGUGCUGCAGUAUUGGCGCCGUUCCGUCUUCUAGCCGUCCAUAGCUGUUCUACUCGUAUGGCUUCUCCAAGUAACGUUUCCAAGUUUUACAAUAUAACUAAAACAAUUCUUUCUUACUAAAGCGUCCCAUGUGAGAUGUCUGUAGAAGUGUUUUCAUGCAUGUGUACGUGCUAUCGUAAUGUAAUGAAGCUAGCGUUCUUAGCAUUAGCUAAUAUGCUAACACAUUUAUGAGUGUCUGUGUAAGUAUUAUUAACUUACAUUCUUUUUGUAUUGUUUGUUUCACAAACUCCUCAGUAAAUUCACCAAAACGUCACCGUGGAGUUAUUGAGUCUGGUUAGCUGAUUGGAGAGCUAGCUUGCGCAGCUAGUAGGUCCAUGACAAUGACUUCUGUUUUGUUUAAACAGCCGUUUUACUGCCCUGUUACAGACACCGUUUGGAAACAAUUAAGGUAUGUAAAUAAACAUUUACAGAAUGUUUCUGUGUAAAUAACUCAUUUUCACAACAUAUAUAUCUGCCACUUAUAGUCCAGUGCGGCUAAUAUAUGGAAAACUAUUGUUUUUUAGUGGGUGUGCGCGAUACAAUCUGGAAAAUACGGUACUUUCCUGCCUAAGCCCACCUAACCCCUUAAGGUUGCAUUUUUCUUCGCUGACAGCCAUAAUGUAAAAAGUUUUAAAAAACUAAACUAGCAAAGACACCGAAAAAUGUGUUAUUAUUUGCAGGUGCUGCAGUAUUGGCGCCGUCCAUAGCGUUUUUACUCAUGGCUUCUACAGUAACGUUUCCAAGUUUUACAAUAUAACUAAAACAAUUCUUACUUAUUAAACUGUCCCAUGUGUGAUGUCUGUAGAAGUGUUUUCAUGUAUAUAUGUACCUGCUAUCGUAAUGUAAUCAAGCUAGCGUCCUUAGCGUUAGCUAAUAUGCUAACACAUUUAUGAGUGUCUGUGUUAGUAUUAUUAACUUACAUUUUUUGUAUUGUUUCAGUUUCACAAAUUCCUUAAUAAAUUCACCAAAACGUCACCGUGGAGUUAUUGAGUUUCAGCUGCUAG